AUGGCUAAACAAGUUACAGAGCCUCUUAGUACUUUGAGGGUACUGAUGUUCCCAUUUUUGGCUUAUGGACACAUCUCUCCAUUUCUAAACGUAGCUAAGAAACUCGCGGACAGAGGAUUCUUGAUUUACUUCUGUUCAACUCCGAUAAAUCUCAAAUCCACCAUCAAGAAAAUCCCCGAAAAGUAUGCUGAUUUGAUUCAGCUUAUCGAACUUCACUUACCAGAAUUACCCGAACUUCCUCCUCAUUACCAUACUACCAAUGGUCUCCCACCCAAUCUCAAUCACAUCCUUCAAAAAAGCCCUGAAAAUCAAUGGGCUGAACAUGUCGCGAAUGAACAGAGCAUUCCAGCAGUUAAGCUUAUAACUUCGGGUGCAUCUGUGUUUUCGUAUUUUUUCAACAUACUGAGGAAACCGGAGGUUGAAUUCCCUUUCCCUGCUAUUUAUCUCAGGAAAAUUGAGCAAGUAAGAUUGAGUGAAAUGGUGGCGAAAUCUAAUAAAUCGAAAGAACCUGAUGAUGGAGAUCGUCUAGCUGAGGGAAAUAUGCAAAUCAU